AUGUCAGAUACAGAAUCCAUAGGAGGUGAUCUUUUCCAAGAACCAGAAGGUUAUUACAAACCAAAACCAGCUGAUCAUUAUGCUAAAUAUGAACGUAAAACUUCAAAAGAACCUAAAACUAUAAAUCUUAAAUUAAUUGGUUCAUCACCAUUAUGGGGUCAUUUACUUUGGAAUGCUGGUAUUUUCACUGCUGAUUAUUUAGAUAAACAUUCUGAUGAUUUAGUUAAAGGUAAAGAUGUUUUAGAAUUAGGUGCUGCUGCUGCUUUACCAAGUAUUAUUUGUGGUUAUAAUGAUGCAAGAAAUGUUGUUUGUACAGAUUAUCCAGAUGUUGAAUUAAUAUCGAAUAUUGAACAUAAUAUUAAAACUGCACCUGGUCUUAAUCAAGAGACAGUUACUGUUGAUGGGUAUAUAUGGGGGAAUGAUUAUGAACCUUUAUUCUCCAAGAUUAGAAAUGAUUCAACUCAUCAAAAUAAAAAAUUUGAUUUAAUUAUAUUAUCAGAUUUAGUUUUCAACCAUACUGAACAUCAUAAAUUAUUGAAAACUUGUCAAGAUUGUCUUGAACCAAAUGGGAAAUGUCUUGUUGUUUUCUCUCCUCAUAGACCUUGGUUAUUAGAAAAUGAUUUAGAAUUUUUUGAAACUGCAAAAGAAUAUGGUUUUAAAACUGAUAAAAUUGAUUUAGUUCAAUGGAAACCAAUGUUUGAGGAAGAUCAAGAGACUGCAGAGAUUAGAGCUAGAGUUUAUUCAUUCUUUUUAACAUUUGAUAAAUAG